AUGUGGAAGAAAGGUUUGAAACUCACUCGAGACUUCACUAUUAUCCCUGCUCCUCCUCGAGUCAAGACUCCUGAGUCUCAACUCGGAGUUGCUAGUAAUGUGAUGGAUACAAACAGUCCUGCUGGAGUCAAGACUACUAAGUCUCAACUCGCACCUAUUGAAAUCCAAGUCGUACCGCAAGUCGUUGUCGUACCGCAAGUCGUCGUACCGCAAGUCGUCGUACCGCAAGUCGUCGUACCGCAAGUCGUCGUACCGCAAGCUACUAAAUCUCAACUCGCACCUGUUGAAAUACAAGUUGUACCGCAAGUCGUUGUCAAACCGCAAGCCGUCGUUGUACCGCAAGCCGUUGUAUUGCAAGUUGUACCACAACUCAUAGACGGAGUCGAGAGCAAAGUUGUACUGGGAGGGAAAGUUGAGAGCAAAGUCGUAGGAGGAGGGAAAGUCGGAGGCUUAGGGAAAACAGGAGGGAAAGCGUUAGGAAAGAAGCAUCGCCAAUCUCGUGCUGCAGCCAAAUAUCGUGAGGAGGGGAAGAACAUGCGAAAGCGUUGGUUGAGGAAAAUCAAAGAUAUCGUUCCGCUACAUGUCACGGCACCCUUGGAAGUGUGGACAUAUGCAUUAAACCAUCUCAAACAAAACCACGGACAAGCAGCAGUCCGGAAGUGGGUUGAAACAUAUGAAGUGUCGUUAUUCAUCUAUCGACUCUCUCCUCCACCUACUCCUUUUGUCAUUCCGGUCCCUGCCAAUGAUCAAAACAUCCAAGUAAAGAAUCUCGUGAUACACAUUCCAAAUGCCUUCUCCAUAGAAAUAGAAAGGAAGAUCUUAGAAGCGUGGGACUCUGUGAAAGCGGCAAAACUCAAGCAGAAUUCCGCCAAAUGUUCUGCACGACAUGCUUCCAAGGAUGAACAUAGUGAUGACCUCAUCUAUGAACAGGUGCUACAUCUAUUAGAAUGGAAACGAUACAGCAAAGAGAUUUUCAUUACUUCCGACACCAAGCAGGAUGGGAAUGAAGAUGCUAUCUACCAACUUCUGUUUUUCUGCUCCACCAUUGCCAAAUUACUGGGACCUCCGGCUAAAACUUUGCUUAAACAACUCGACUCUAGUGCAUUGAACCCCAUCACCGAGUAUCUCCAUGAUAGAUCAGAUGUACCAAGACCUGAACUUGAAGAAGCACUAAACCGGCUGCAGAAGACACAUCCAACCUUUCCAAAUCCAUUCUUAUUGCGGAUCGCAACUUUUUUAGCGGUGACAGAGCGAGUUGGAGAAAUUCAAAUCAGACAUAUGCCCUCCUAG